UUCCGUCCCCUCCCCCGUCAGGCCGCACCCGUCCUCACGGCUUCAGAGAGACCACUGGCCCGCUGCCGCCUCCUUGAACCGUCCCUACGGUGCGCCUGCCCAGGCGGAGACCGGUGCACUGCAGCGGCUGACGCAGGGGCGCCGGACCCGCGCUUGCGCAGCGGAGGAGCGAGAGCAGGGACCCCCAAGCCGGCGCGUGCGCGAGCUGUGCAUUGGCCCGUGGGCAGGCGCUGGGAUGAGCCUCCCGCCGCUGCUGCCCCACUGAGGAGGCAGGGUGGGGUGUAAGAGGAGGGCGGCCCGCUCGCACCCGGGCCGGGCCAUGGCGUUCCUGGCCGGGCCGCGCCUGCUGGAUUGGGCCAGCUCUCCGCCACACCUGCAGUUCAACAAGUUCGUGUUGACCGGCUACCGUCCAGCCAGCAGCGGCUCGGGCUGCCUGCGCAGCCUCUUCUACCUACACAACGAGCUGGGCAACAUCUACACACACGGGCUGGCCCUGCUGGGCUUCCUGGUGCUGCUGCCAAUGACCAUACCCUGGGGUCAGCUGGGCAAGGAUAGCUGGCUGGGGGGCACACACUGUGUGGCCUGCCUGGCACCACCCGCAGGCUCUGUGCUCUACCAUCUCUUCAUGUGCCACCAAGGGGGCAGCCCUGUGUACACUCGGCUCCUUGCCCUGGAUAUGUGUGGGGUCUGCCUUGUCAACACCCUCGGAGCCCUGCCCAUCAUCCACUGCACACUGGCCUGCAGGCCCUGGCUUCGCCCAGCUGCCCUGGUGGGCUACACCAUGCUGUCAGGUGUGGCUGGCUGGAGGGCCCUUACCGCCCCCUCCACCAGUGCCCGACUACGAGCUUUUGGUUGGCAGGCUGGUGCCCGCCUCCUGGUGUUUGGGGCUCGGGGAGUGGGGCUAGGCUCUGGAGCUCCAGGCUCCCUGCCCUGCUACCUGCGCAUGGAUGCCCUAGCACUGCUUGGGGGACUAGUGAACGUGGCCCGUCUGCCAGAACGUUGGGGACCAGGUCGCUUCGACUACUGGGGGAAUUCACACCAGAUCAUGCACCUGCUCAGUGUGGGCUCCAUCCUUCAACUGCACGCUGGUGUCGUGCCUGACCUGCUUUGGGCCGCCCACCAUGCCUGCCCCCCAGACUGAACCACCACCCACACAACAUGCCAGCCUGCCCAAUCUUCUAGGGCUAACAUCACCAGGCUCCCCUCCUUCUGCUGGUCUGCAAGGGGCUGGCUCCCUGGAUGCUUCCCAGCCCUUGGUUGUUCACCUAUUCUUCCCUGUGGAGUCUCUUCUCCUAUCCACACCUUCAAGCUCCAGCAUCCUUUCCUGCCUUCUUCCAGGGUACUGUCUUCCUAUGCCGGCUGGAAGGAAACCAGUCCUUCUCAGGGCCUCAGCUUACCCUCUGUGACCUAUGAGAGUUGGGCCAGAGGGACUCUGGGGUCAAGUCUUGCUUUCUCUGAUAGCUGGAGUCCUGCCAGCCCAGAGCCAUAACCCCACCGUGCCCCUCCUCAGACCUUCACAUAAGGUACCACAUGGGUGGCUGGCCGGGCCACCAGCCCAUGAUUCCUGACCUCUGACUUUCAACCCUGCACGCCAGCCCUCCUAGGAACCUGAGGCUCGCCUACUCCUCCCUUCUGUCCAGACUGUGGAGUGGGGAGUUUGGGUAGCAGGACUAUCCCUUUACCCCAGGAAUAAGGGGCAGGAGGACUGCUGCUACUUUUUCCAGGUAACUGGCCAGAUGUAAAGAGCUGAGUGGCCCUGGACCUGGGCCCCACGUGGCUGAGGGCCGACCCUCCACAUUGAACGCCAUGCUCUAAUAGCUCAACCUGCCCACCAGGGACAUACCUGCUCAGGAAAUCUGUUCCACACAGCAUGGGGCUCCCAGCUGCAAUCUGCUGGCCUGAGGCCCUGCUUCAAGGCUUGGCCUCAGUCCAUCCCAGAGCCCUCAGACCCUGGGUGAUGUCAAUAAAAUGGGCAGAAAGCCCUGUGUUGCCAUGCAA